AGUUAAAUUAAAUUGUUGGAAACAAAAUGUCUCUCAAUAUUUAUUUAUUUAUAAUAAAGUUAAUAAUUUUAUUGCAAACUAAGCCUAACUACAGUAUUUAUGGUUACAAUUAUUACAACGAUUAUUACAAUGAUUAUUAUGACUACAAUUUGAGUCCAAAGUUUCUGGAAAAUUACGAUAAAAUUGACAACAAUUUACCAAAUGAUGAAAAUUCAGUUCUCAUUAUUAAGAAUCCAUUGGCAGAUAAAGUGCUUCCACUAAAUCCCGAUCAUAUAAACCAAUUAAACGAAUUGACUGAUGAGAUACUAGAGCCGGGUAUAAAUAGAAGAGACAAAGAUUCAUGUGGUCAGACAUGUCGGUCGUGUUUAAUGUCCUGUAAUUACAUCAAACAAGUGGAUAUCGUCAGAAAUAUGCCACUCAUAGAGCUAUUGUAUCUAAAUGUCUGCGCAAAGGGUUGUAAAGGGAUUAUCAAUUGUAUUUCAGAAAGUUUGUGUUUACCGGUUAUGAAAGAAAAUCCCAAUUAUUUUAUUUUAUGCGCUAAUCGUUGUCCUCCGUUUUCAAUUUUUCCAAAGAUAUUUAUUAAAUAAAUUAUUUUAUAAAUAUUAUUAAGUAAUAUUG